UAAUGGAGGAAGAAACUGGCUAUACGUGUGAUCAGUAUGGUGAUGAUGAUGUCAGUCGUACCUAUAAGGAUUGUAGUAACCAAGAUGAUUAUAGCAGCGACAACGAAUCGUGGUCGUCAUACAAUAAUUUCCCCAACGAGGACUUUCAGAAGAAUGAGGAUGGUGCUUGCAGUGAAAACGAAGAUGUCUAUGUCCAGAAUGAGCAACAUGCUUUUGAGGAAUCUUUCGCUGAUAACUUGAGCCAGGAUGAUGUGGAUGAUCGUAGUAGUGAUGAUGGCCAUGACGAUGAUGAUGAAGCUGACAUGGACACUGAGCAGGCUGAAAUCCAGCAACAGGCAUUGCAAACACAUUGGAAGGUUAUGGCUAUGACUUUUGGAUCACAAUGGGAGGCGUACACAUUCUAUAAUAAGCACGCCAGAGAGCGUGGAUUCAACAUCAGAAAAGAGAAGGUGAAACGAGGAAAAGGUCUUUCAGGAACUAUACGGUUCAGGCAGUACGUUUGCUCCAGGGCAGGAAAACAACAAAGCAAAUUCUUAAACUCGGAGGGCCACACACGCAGGCUAAGACCCGAGACUCGGUGCGAGUGUGGUGCGCAGUUAGUGGUGAAGUUGGACAGAGCCCAUAGAAUUUGGUUCGUUGCGGCAUUCUUGGACGAUCACAACCAUGUGCUAGCUAGACCGGAUGAGGUCGCAUUCCUGCGGUCACAUAGACGGAUACAAGAUUUCCAGAGAGCUGAGAUCUUAGCGAUGGAAGGAUCUGGGAUCAGAAAGCACAUCAUCUUCGAUAACUUCAUCAGCAGGUAUGGUUCAUACGAUAAGUGCGGCCUUGUGAGGCGAGACGUCUAUAACCUGUGCUGCAGAGAGAAAAUAAAACUGAUUGCAAAGGGUGAUAUUGACACGGCACUUGGCAUUAUGAGGAGCAGAAAGGUGAAGGACCCAAAUUUCUUCUUUGAGUACAUGCUUGAUAAGGAAGGGCAGUUAAAGAGCAUGUUCUGGUGCGAUGCACAGUCACGGCGGGACUAUCAGCUAUACGGAGAUGUAAUCGUGUUUGACAAUACAUACAAGAUGAACAGAUAUGGUAUGCCGUUCGUCCCCUUUGUCGGUGUUAAUAAUCACCGUUGCACCACCGUGUUUGGUUGCGCCAUUGUGUUUGACGAGACUGAAGCUACGUAUGUGUGGCUGCUCCAGACAUUCAUGAAAGCAAAUUGUCAGAAGAAGCCAAAGUCAGUCAUCACAAACGGAGACACUGCAAUGAUCCGAGCGAUUCAGAAUGUCCUUCCAGAUGUGUUUCAUCGUCUUUGUUCAUGGCAUGUGGAAAAAAAUAUGCAGAAGCACCUUAGUUAUAAGUCACGGGAUGAGUUCAGGUCACUGUUGUACUACUCCACCUCUCCUGCUAACUUUAGGGAGAGAUGGCUCGCUUUUGUUGGUAAAUGGAGGACGGACAAAACAAAAGAUUGGUUGAAUAGGAUGUAUAGGAAGAGGAGUCUUUGGGCAGCUUCAUUUCUUUCAGAUGGAUUUUUUCUUGGUAUGCGUAGUAAUCAGAGGAGUGAAAGUUUGAACUCUUGUCUUCACCUUCACCUCGACUAUGGUAUGACAAUAGUUGAUUUAAUAGUGCACUAUGAGAACUGUAUAGUUCGACUCCGUGAGAACGAGGCGCGAGACGACUGCAAUUCUUCACAGACACUACCACCAUCAGUUACCGAGUAUAAGGACAUUGAGAAGCAUGCUGCCAUUGUAUUCACUCGUGCCAAUUUCUAUAUUCUUCAAGAAGAUCUGAAGAAGAUGGGAGAGCUGGAGAUUUUUGAGACGCUGGUGGGAGUUGACUGCCACACCUUUAUCUUGAAAUGGAAGAAUAACCGCAAGUUCCAGUUUAGUGUUCAGUAUCGACCAAGAAAUUCAGAGGAAACGAUAGCAUGCAGUUGUCAACGGAUGGUUCGGAAAGGGCUGCCUUGCAAACACAUUCUAUAUGUACUGAAUCAUCUGAAAUUAUCUGAAAUACCUAAGUGUUGUAUCCUAAAGAGGUUAUCGAAAAAUGAGAGAGGUGGGCUGCCUGCACAGUGCAAGAGUGAUAUGUUUGGCUGGGAUUGGUCAGGGAUAGAGGAGCGAGCUCGGUAUAGUCAACUCAGCAUGACAGGUGCAGAAGCUUUCCAUGUUGCGGCAAAUGAUCCAUUCGUGUUUGAUGAGUUGAUGCAGUGUCUGCAAAAUAUAAUAUCUAACAAAAAGGUCCCCGAUGAUGAAGCGGUUGGGCGUAGAAGGUAUGUUCAUGAGGAUGCACGUGAGCCCGAACGAGGUGCCAAUGUUAUACGUGAUCUUGUGAAAGUUUCGACAAAGGGUGCACCUAAGCAGAGCAAGACAAGGCGGUUAGAAAAUGAUCCAGAAGUUACAAAAAAUGAUAGACCAAAAUCUUUUGCCGAGAAGAAAAGUGGUCCUUUGUGCGGCCUAUGUCGCAAUCCAGGUCAUAGACGGCAAACAUGCAAACUGAAUAAAAAGUAA